UAUCGAUGCGCCGAAAACGGGGAAGCGGUAUAAAACGGACACACGGCGCCGCCGGCCGCACAUCCGUCACUCGCUCACCGGCAGCAACAUGAGGGCCACCACCGUGUUCAAGGCGCUCGUCGUCUCCGCCGCCGUCCUCGGCCUGGCCCAGGCUGGCUGCAUCCCCAACAAUGGAUGCGGUGGCGGUAGCGGCCACGGCGGCCACGGCGGCAGCCGCACCAUCACCCUCCAGCUGCCGGUGCCCGUGCCCCUGCCCGUCCCCAUCGCCAUCGGCGGCGGCUGCGGCGGCUGCGGCUCUUCCUCCUGCGGCGGCUGCGCCCCCGCCCCCGCCCCCUCCUGCGGCAGCUGCGGCUCCUCCAACUGCGGCGGCUGCGGCUCCGGCUCCGGCCACUUCGGCGGCUACAGCCAGGUGUCCGCCCCCUCCUGCGGCGGCUGCGGCUCCUCCAACUGCGGCGGCUGCGGCUCCUCCGGCCCCAUCUUCUUCCAGGCCCCCGCCCCCGUGUUCCUGCCCGCCCCCGCGCCCUCAUGCGGCUGCGGCUCCUCCAACUGCCUGCGCUGCUCCGCCCCCGCCCCCGCCCCCGCCUGCUUCAGCUGCGGAUCCAACUCUAACAACUGCGGCUGCGGCUCCUCCAACGGCGGUGCCUACUACCAGGUCUCCGCCCCCGCUUCCUCCUGCGGCGGCUGCGGCUCCUCCAACUGCGGCGGCUGCGGCUCCGGCUCCGGCCACUUCGGCGGCUACACCCAGGUGUCCGCCCCCUCCUGCGGCGGCUGCGGCUCCUCUAGCUGCGGCGGCUCCUCCAGCUACGGCGGCUCCGGAUCCUCCAACCAGGCCUCCAGCUGCGGCGGCCAGAUCGUCGAGGUGACCAACACCAGGACCUUCGUGCCCCUGCCCCCCAAGCCCACCUGCAACGUCUGCUCCCUGCCCGCGCCCCAGUGCUGCUGCUGAGUUCUCGAUGCUGAAAUACACGCCCCGUGAAAAUCCCAA